GCCAAUGUCAAACCACAGCGCCCGACUUUGCGCGAGAAAGUGCGACAAGCAACUAAAAUGUGGUCGAAUUACGUGAAAGAGGAAGACAGGAACUCUAGAAUGAUUGACAGGCGGCUCGGAAACGGUUUUAAUGAUGACAUAAAAGAAAUUGAACCAACAGAGUCGGAAGAAUCCUCCAGCGAGACAGGGGAAUUGAGCGAUGAGGUCAACGUUGACGUCAGUGAUGACGUAGAUACGUCAAGUACUGCAGAGGACGAUGACGACGGGAUUAUAAUAAAAUAUAAAUAUUUUCUCAGUUCGCGUAAAGAUCAACAUGGAAAUCCAAUAAAAUGGUGGAAAACUAAAACAACAGGGAGUGAAGGCAACCAAAACCAUGAGUCUGUAAAUGUUAGAUCGAGAAAACAAGACACGAACUUGAAAAAUACAAAUAAUGAAUCGAAGGAGAAAACGGCACAAAGUGGCGACAGGGAGGCUGCCAACAAAGAUCUUGUUGUGUUAAAGUACGAAUACGUGAAGGGCGAUGACGUAGGAAGAACAAGGAAUGUUAUUAAGCAGCUUCCAACCAGCCCUUCAUACGAAGUAAAAUCAACACAAACCACGAUAUUUUCCAAGAAAUCAAUUCGAACCGAUGAAGACUUACGUCAGUUUAUUACAAGGGAUAAUAACGCGGUGCAACGCAACACAGAUGUCGCGCAUAAAAACACAACGGAUAGCUAUAACGCCGCGAAGAAUAAGACAAACGUUUCGCAGAACAAGACGACGGACAACUGUGGCGCCAAGUUUCAGAAUAGGACAAACGUUUCGCUACAACAUACGAACGUUUCUGAGCAAAAGACUUCAGUAUUUUCGCAACGGAAAUCAUCAGUCGAAAGAAGUCCAUCGGUUGGAUCUCCAACAAGAAGAAGCUUUUCCCCUCCUCUUUCUCCAAGGAACAAAUCCCCUUCAUAUUAUCACAAGGAAGACGUCAGAACCUACGUCAGCAACUACGUCACGCCGAUGAAGGCGAAAAGACCACAAGUGUCGACCAAGAAACGAAAAGUGAAAAACAACUUGACUUGCGUGUUCGCUGAGACGCCAGUGCAAACAAGACGUAUUUCAAAAUGUAAAGAAGUUAACGAUGAAAAAAGAGAAACAAAGAAGAAUUCUGAUGUUUCUGCAAAAUCCGACUCCAAAGAAAAGUCACCGGAGAGAAUCAUUUUCAAGGCUAAUUUAGGGAGUCUCCCCUACCAAGGUGUUUUUCGUCUUGAUGACGACAUUCGAUACCUGAAGACGUUCAUACACGUCAUUUCCGGAAUCCCGCCUUCCCGGCAAAGCUACUUCGGCGAUGAAAACGACAAGAAAGUGGCAAAAAGAAGAAAAGUUCGAAAAUUGAGAGAACUUGGUUUCAAUGGCGGUGAUAUAAUUCAUUUAGCUGUAAAGUGAACUGGCCAAUGUGAAGGCAUUUAAACAAUAUGCAAAACGUCAGGAUUCUAUUCUAUUUGAAAAUAGAAAACGCCAAAACUUACGCUUGAAUUUCGCUGUUUAAUGUUACUUUGUGGCAUUUUAACGUGAGGUAAAAAAGUAAAAACCUAAAAACCCAAUUUUAAUUCACAAUAUCAAGAGCAAUGGAAAAAAAACUUUGUUUAAAGUGUUAAGUCAAACUUUGUUUUCUUCGCUUCUGAGAUUAAAGAAAAGUGAAAAACUUUAAAAUUACCAGUUAAAACUUAGUAUAGCAAUGUUAUAUUGCAAAGGAAAACUUGGUUAUGUUACAGGGCUCGGUGAAACUUUGUUUUUUUUGUUUUGUGCAAAAAGUGGAAAAUCAAUUUUUAAUUUACGCUUAGAAUGGCAGUGUUUCAUGGUAAAACACUACGCGUGCUUUAACAUUCCGUCAAACUUUUUUCGUUUUGACAUUUACGAAUCUACAUACAUCCUUUUCUAUAGGCUGACUCAUCCAUAUAGACCUCAUUACCUCAAUGUAAAUAUUGUACUUGUAUAGUGCCCGUGGCAAUGUUGCGAUCGUGUUUUGAUAACGAAUAUUUAAGCUACGGUAUGAUA